UGCUGAUAAGAUAUGGGCAUGAGGCUUGAGGCUGUUAUAAGUUGUGCCUCUUUGGACUCUGCUGUAUCAUUUUCUUGUGAUACCCCUGACCAAGAUGAAGUUCUGUGCUGUGAUUCUCAUUGGACUGUUCUCCUUGGCAGCCAGUUUGCCGCCACAAGGUCGUAUUGUUGGUGGACAGGAUGCUGCCCUUGGACAGUUUCCUCACAUGGUGUCGUUGAGAAAUGUUGCUACUGGAAAUCACUUCUGUGGAGCUAGCAUAAUCUCAACUAGAUGGGUUUUGUCAGCUGCUCAUUGCACUGUUGGUCGCGAAGCAUCUGCUGUUCAUGCUAUUGUGGGUACCAUCAAUCGUCUCCAGGGAACUCUUCAUCAAGCUUCCCAGAUCAUCAACCAUGAAGGUUACAGUGGUGUCACCUUGACCAAUGAUGUCUCAGUUGUUGAAGUAGCCACCCCCUUUGUCUUCAAUGACUACGUGCGCCCCAUUGGAGUGGGAUCUGCCUUUGUCGGCGGAGGAAUCACAGCCACAGUAUCUGGAUGGGGUCAAACUGAACAGCCAAGUGAUGAAGUGCCUGUUUGGCUUCAGUGGCUGCAAGUUUAUACAUUGACUCUUGAGGAUUGUCGCGCGAGAAAGCCAUUGCCAGUAAGGCUCCUGGUCCACGACAACACCAUCUGCACAUUCACAAUGGAAGGCCAAGGUCUAUGUUUCGGUGAUUCUGGAGGACCUUUGAUUGUUGGCAACACUGUCGUGGGAAUUCCAAGCUGGGUAUCACCGGGAUGUGCCCAGGGACGUCCUGAUGUCUAUGCCAGAGUUUCAAGCCAUAGAGAAUGGAUUUACGCUAACACUGACUUGUAGUUCAGCAGAAUUUAUGGAGAUUUUAAUAAAAGAAAUCUAUUUGCAAGAAAA